AUGCCGUCGGCCAUAAAUGCUGUGGUGGCUCAACAGACAGAGACUGGGUCAGUUCCUAGCACCAACAUUAGCACAACAGCUGAAACAGGAGGAGGUUCAGGGGGUAUCUACUCUGCUAUCAUCAGUCGCAACCAGCCCAUUAUUGGAGUGCGGGAAAAGACCUUUGAAGAACUCUACAAGAAAUGCCUGGAAAAGAAGAUUCUUUAUGUGGAUCCUGAUUUCCCACCUAAUGAGAGCUCCCUCUUCUACAGCCAGAAACUACCCAUCAAGUUUGAGUGGAAAAGACCCACAGAAAUCUGUGAGAAUCCACGCUUUAUAAUUGGUGGAGCCAACCGAACUGAUAUUUGUCAAGGAGAAUUAGGUGACUGCUGGUUCCUAGCUGCCAUUGCUUGCCUGACGCUGAAUGAAAAGCUACUCUGCCGCGUCAUACCUCACGAUCAGACCUUCAUAAAAAACUAUGCUGGGAUCUUUCACUUCCAGUUCUGGCGCUAUGGAAACUGGGUGGAGGUUGUCAUUGAUGACUGUUUACCAACAUAUAACAACCAGCUGGUCUUCACCAAAUCCUCCCAGCGCAAUGAAUUCUGGAGUGCUCUGCUGGAAAAGGCCUAUGCAAAACUCCACGGGUCCUAUGAGGCUUUGAAAGGAGGCAAUACCACAGAGGCCAUGGAGGAUUUCACAGGAGGAGUGACAGAGUUCUAUGAGAUAAAAGAUGCACCCAAAGAUAUAUACAAGAUCAUGAAACAUGCCAAGGACAGAGGAUCACUCAUGGCCAGCUCCAUUGAUGACAAUAUGGGCUUCUCGUACGGGACUGCUCCUCAAAGUGAUCUUGGGGAAUUAAUUGCCCGAAUGGUGAAGAAUGUGAAUAGCAUGCCGAGGACUGACUCAACUCUAGAUUUCCAAGGCUCAGAGGAAAGGCCAGCCUGGACUAUAAUCCCAAUGCAGUUUGAGACACGCAUGACUUGUGGGCUAGUCAAAGGACAUGCCUAUUCAGUUACUGCAGUGGAAGAGACAUCAUUUAAAGCGGGAAAAAUAAAGCUAGUGCGGCUAAGGAACCCCUGGGGACAGGUGGAAUGGAAAGGAGCCUGGAGUGACAAUUCAGAUGAAUGGAACUUAAUUGACAAAGCAGAGAAAAUCCGACUACAGUACAGAAUUGCAGAGGAUGGGGAGUUCUGGAUGUCAUUUGACGAUUUCAUGAGGUACUUCACAAAGCUGGAGAUCUGUAACCUCACACCUGAUACUCUGGAGGCUGAUAAGCUCCAAACUUGGACUGUUUCAGUCAAUGAAGGGCGUUGGGUGAGAGGCUGCUCCGGAGGAGGUUGUCGCAAUUAUCCAGAUACAUUUUGGACCAAUCCUCAGUAUCGCUUGGAGCUCCUGGAGGAGGACGAUGAUCCUGAAGAUAAUGAGGUUGUCUGCAGCUUCCUGGUUGCACUGAUGCAGAAAAACAGGAGGAAAGAGCGCAAACUCGGAGCCAACCUCCUCACUAUUGGCUUUGCCAUUUAUGAGGUGCCGAAAGAGGUGCAUGGUAACAAGCAGCACUUACAAAAGGAUUUUUUCCUUUACAAUGCCUCCAAAGCUAGAAGUAAGUCAUAUAUAAACAUGCGAGAAAUCUCUGAACGCUUCCGGCUGCCUCCCAAUGAGUAUGUCAUCGUCCCAUCGACAUAUGAACCUCACCAGGAGGGAGAGUUCAUCCUGAGGGUCUUCUCAGAAAAAAGAAGUCUUUCAGAGGAAGUUGAAAACAAGAUAGAAGCAGAACGUCCUUCCAAAAAGAAAAAAGGCAAGCCAAUCAUCUUUGUUUCUGACAGAGCAAACAGCAAUAAGGAGUUGAAAGUUGAUGAAGCAUCUGACAAGGAGAAGAAAAAAACGAGCAGAGAUGAGAAAAAGAAAAGCGAUGAGCCCACUCCAACAAAUGCUGACAAGGAUAGUGAAGAAGAGAAGCAGUUCAGGAAUAUAUUCCAGCAGAUUGCUGGAGAUGACAUGGAGAUCAGUGCUGAUGAACUCAGAAGUGUUCUGAAUAACGUUCUAAAAAAACACAAAGACCUGAAGACAGAAGGGUUUGCGCUGGAGUCCUGCCGCAGCAUGAUUGCCUUAAUGGACACAGAUGGUUCAGGGAAAAUAAACUUCGAGGAGUUUCGACAUCUCUGGGAUAAGCUGAAAAGCUGGCAGAAAAUUUUCAAACAUUAUGACACAGAUCAUUCUGGCACCAUUAACAGUUACGAGAUGCGUAAUGCAGUCAAAGAUGCAGGAUUCUGCCUGAACAAGCAGCUCUAUGACAUCAUUACAAUGCGCUAUGCUGACAAAAACAUGAACAUUGACUUUGACAGCUUUAUCUGUUGCUUUGUGCGACUGGAAGGAAUGUUCAGGGCAUUCCACGCCUUUGAUAAAGAUGGAGAUGGUAUCAUUAAACUCAACGUCUUGGAGUGGCUGCAGCUCACCAUGUAUGCUUAA